AUGCCACCGACCCCUUUGGAUGUCGCACCUCAUGUGUCAGACGCUUCAUCCGGGUCCGUGUCCGUUGCAGCGCCGGCUACCUCUACCAGUACAUCGGAUAUACUCACUCCUACUCAUGUUCCUCCUGAGCCAGACGUUGAUUCCGUGACGGUGAUUACCUCCACUUCGCCUGCAAUCGCUCCUGAGUGUGAGCCUUCUGUACCGGAAGCGUCAUCUGAGUCAUCACCGUCCGCAACGCCGGCUACUUGCACCCAUGCACCGGAAGCUUCAUCACCGUCCGCAACACCGGCUGCUUGUACUCAUGCACCAGAAGAUUCAUCACCGUCCGCAACACCGGCUACUUGUACUCAUGCACCAGAAGCUUCAUCAACAUCCACACAGCCGGCAGUGGCUACUUCUACAUCCGAUUNNUGGCUGAAAGACCGAACAAACAAGCUCAGCAAGCUAUGCGAUACACUCUUCGGGUGGCCGCAGGAGCUACUGCAGAGAUUGGCUGCUUUGACGUCUGAUGACGAGCGCGAGUAUGCUGAGUACAUGCUCACAGUGUUGAACUCCAUGUCCAUGAGUACAUCAUUCUCCGGAGUGGACUCGCCAUCAACUGCACUUGCCAUGCUGGGUGCGGCGGCUCUCAAGCUUCAGGGGCGCGAGGUGACUAAGGAAUCCAUGCCACAGACAUGCAACAAGUUUGGAAUCGAAUGGUUGUCGCAGUCUCAGGAGGAGCUCUCUCGACAUCCGUAUGGCCCUGGCUGCAUCUUCAGCGAUGUUAAUGACUUCUGGCUCCCUACACUUGCAGACAAACUGCAAACCAUUAGCCGUGAGCGCCUGGUAAUGACAAUGCUCAAAGACCUAGUGAAGUCAUCGGUGUGCACUGGCAGGGUAGCGUACUGUGCGAAGUGCAACCACAACUGCAGGGUCGGCGAGGCAGACCUCCACAUUGGAGGCACGCCGUGCGUGGACUUCAGUGCACGCGGCCAGCAAGGCCAGUUGGACGGCCCGACCACGACGGCGUUGCUCGCGUUCAUUGCCAUGAGAAGGGAUCUGCAAGAGCCGUUUUUUGUGCAGGAGAAUGUGGCAUCGUUUCCUGAUGAGUUUCUUUCGUCCAUGCUAUCGGAUCUCUACGAGCUGCAAUCGUGCAUCAUAGAUCCAGAAUGCACGUUCGGGUGGCCGAUAGCAAGACGUCGCAAGUUUGUCGUGGGGCGACACAAAACAAAAACGGUGCCAUGGAACAUGCGGCUGGAUGAGUUCAUCAGUGCGAUCGGCUGUGGUGCUAAGUGCUCUGCUGACGGCACGCUUCCACCGUGGGAUAUCUUCUUUGUGGCUUCAUGUGAUGAACUGUGCUCAGAGUUGCUUUGGGCUGGCGGCCGUCCUACGUCACAUUGUCAGGGUGGAGAUGGCGGAGAUGAGUGUGAUAUCUUCAGAAACAGUUUGUCAGCCAUGGAGAGAAGGUUUCUCGAAGGUUACGAGACUCUUUGUCGUGACCGUUGUUACAGCUUGUCUCAGGACCCGCGUGACUUCGCCAACUAUUCGACAUGGAGCUGCAUGCGCACACUCAUAAAGAAUGCAGGUAUCCUCUUCAGUGACGUGCACAAACGAUGGGUCACACCAUGUGAGGCAUUCAUCAUGCAGGGAUUUCCGAUUUAUCCAAUGCUCUCACAUGGAGUUGCAAUGUCAUCGUUCUCACUGGACGAGUCACUGGACGAGACACCUGACAAUGUCGGCAAGUCCGGUAGGUACAAAAGAGCACAUGAGGUGCUGUUCGGUCAAUCCAUGGAGAUUUCGGAGCGCUUCAAUUCCGAGCAGGGCAUAUGUCUGCUCAACAAGAUUUUCGAAGUCUAUCAGGACGGGCCACGGCGAACUAUCAAGUGGUUCAAAGAAGACGGGAAUUAUCUCCGCGACCUGCACAACUGCUUCCACGGCGGUGUGGCUCCUACGUGGCUGGAAUCCGUCCUUGGAUCAAAAGAUGUGGAGGAGGCAUGGAAGCGGCAUGCACAGCGGCAGGGCAUCACCACGGCCAGUGGGUCGUCAUACCAGAAGACUUACUCGGAUUGGGUGACUGAGAACUUCUCACAGAGGUUCAAGACUUUUCAGAUAUUUGAUCUUGCCAAGAGGGUCAUGCAUUACCUGAACGAUCUGGACUGUGUUGACAAAUUCAGUGAAGCCCUCGGCGAUCACUGCGACUUCCAACACGAGAGUUUGCAGACGCUGCCGGCAAUGCAGAACCUGCACGUGUUUGGCAAGCUGAUUGUAUCUUUGUCGGCCGCCUACAGCCUUGAACUACUGUCGGAGGUUUUCAUUGUGGGGAGUCGAUACCUGGCAGUGAGCUCAGCUGAUGUUGCACGUCAUGUUGUGCCCAUCAUACGGGACCGACCGGGUGGCAAGGGUGGAGAGUAUGAUAUGCCAAUGCCUGAAUGGACCUUUACAAAGCAUAGUCCUGCCAUCAUCGAUCGUCUCAAGACGGAGGUAGGCGGCGCUUCCUUCGUCACCAAGAUCUUCAAGCCUGCGGCUAGUGCCCGUGCUCAAGCAAGUGCAGAUGGAGCCGCCGCCCUCGACGUGAAUGAAUUGCUCGCACCCAAGAAGCGGAAGCGAGCCACAUCAAAACCAAAGGCAAAAGGCAAAGCGGCAAAGAGUCGUGCCACUGAUGAAGACGAGGAUGCGGACCAAGUGCUGGCAGACGUGGAAGAGGGCAGCGGAUUUAGCAGGAAACGAUGGUGGAUUGACGACUUGCUGUCUGCGCUGAUCCAUGCAGCAGGCUCUUGC